AUGCAGACAAUCUACCUGAAGUGGUAUGUGGUUGGUAUGGUCUUCUUCCUCGUCACGUUCCUGGUUAUAACUAUUCACGUGCACAUGAAAAAUAGCAUCGUAACGCACAAAAUAAACCACUGGAAGCUUCGUCCAUUGAGGAAGGAAGAUCGCGAAUCUGACCUAUUUAUCAAAUCUAAAUUGGUAGAAGCUGCACUAUUGAUAAACAAGGCGAAAAUCCAUGUCCGUGGGACGAAGUCUGCGGAUGCUUUGAGAACAGUGGUGGGCGUGAUGGAUGAAAUGUUACAAGCUUUUGACUUGGACUUUGUGUCAGUGACUCAGAGAGAGUUACACGAACCAAACAGUGUGUGUCAAGAAAUUUACAAAGGAACUACAUUCGGAUAUCCUUUCUUUGACCGAGGAUUCGAACAGCUGCAUUGUGGUCACAUGGUUGCCGAGGAAAAGUUGGUUACUAUAGUUAUGCAACACGAGGAAUAUCGACUCAAUAAUCUGAGCAGAAUUUUGGAAGAUAUACAUAAUUAUAACGAAAACCUGUCGGUGAUAGUGGGUGUGUACACUGCUGAGUUUAACCAGGUCAUAAGAGACAAAUACCCAAACGUUCGUUUCAAAUCGUACGAUCGCACGGUAAGUAAAGGUGACAUAUGGAACAACCUGAUCGACUCUGUACGGACGCCUUACAUUCUGUUCGCACGUGAUUUGAUCAUGUUUAACAACGACACCCGUUUACAUCGUCUCAUUCGCGAGAUUGAGCGCCUUAAACUUACUUCCGCCGGUGGUGCUUCUCGGGACUCCAAUGGCCACUGGAAACUAGGAUGUCUGCAGCGAGCAUAUAAAAACUACACGCUUGUAUACGAGGAAGGCUACCACGAGUCUCUCAAUGAGUGUGUUUUCUGUGAUCACAUAGAAAGUGCAUUUGUUGUAAGUAAAACGACAAUUUCUAAGAUCAGUUUCGAUGGAAGUAUUUCAGGUGAAGGUGUGUGGGAAGAUUUUUUCAUGCGAGCUGGUGGUGAGUCUGUCGUCUGUCCAGAUUCAAUGUUUUAUGUCAACAGAACAACAAGAAGCCUCAAAUCUUUAGAAUGGAAAGAUUUCGCAGAGAAAUACGACUUGAAACAAAUAAAACUUUUAUCUUCCGAUUUUGUGCUUGAUUUUGGUUGCUCGGGACUGUUUUCCUGUUUUAGUGGUACAGGUUUCGCUGUGACACCAUGCUGUCUCGAAGAGGUGGCCAGACUAGUGACGUUCAUCAUGAACGCAUGCGCAGAGACGGGAGUGAUAUGUGAGCUACAAGAAGGCACACUACUUGGUGCAGUCAAACUUCAGAAAAUAUUGCCUUGGGAACGAGACGCUGACAUCACGUUCCUUACAGCUAAUUAUUCACAAUUUCAAAAUCUCAAGCAUAUUUUUGGAAAGGCAGGCUAUUCCUUUCAUGACGGCUCAUCAUUAUGGUGUUGUGUAGACAAUCGCACUGCUGGCGGGAAAUUCAAAAUUUCCAGUAAACAUUGGCAUGCCGAGUUAUAUGGACAACAUCUGAUGGAUUCUGAAUUACUAUUACGUAAAUCACUGGCGCCAACCAAAAUACAGUUCCAUGGUCAGUGGGUAAACGUGCCUAGAAACCCUGGACUACACGUGAGAAACCGAUAUGGACAUGAAAUCUACGCUCACUCACAACAUUGGUUAGCGACAGGAAAGACGUCGGGCUGGAUUAGUUAUGACACGAAAUCUUUCACAAAAUGUCACAGAACUGGAUCACACAAUUGUUUAGAUCGUUAUAAUACUGAUGGAAACCUUCAAUUUAUAUCCCGUGUCCCCUGA